UCACCUCCUCGUUGUGAGGGUUACAUGGCGAUAUCGGAUCAGGAGGGGUGGCGCAGCCUUCUGGCCGGCGAAACAAUGAGGUGCUACAACCAAGACGAGCCGUUUCGCAUCCCGUGUGGCUGCUGACCUAGCGCCGCUCAAAUAGGGCAAUCAUGCUGUUUUCUGUUUCGGACAGGAUGGAAAUGGAGGAAGAAGAUGAAGCGGAUGAAACAUCUUCCGGUCCUCCAUUUGCACCCCCUGUUGCUGCUUAUUUCGAGUUAGAACGAGGAGGAAGUGGAUAGUUGCAUCCUUUGGCAUUGAUUUUGCUCCGUUUGAGACACUGGGUGUAUAUGGCUUCUGAACACGAAAAAACUAGUGCUGAAAAUGGCAAUGCAAGUCUUCACCAAGAAAAGGUAGAUACAAAUGCAACUGUUGUUUUACACAAGCCUGAUGUUCCCAAGCUAGGAGUUGUGCCUAAAACCCCAGAGCAAACGUCAUCAUGCUCAACUCCAUCUUCUUCAGGCACAUCAUCUGAGGAUGAUUUCUUCCUGAUAGAUACGAGUCAGCCCAGAAAGCCAAUUGCAGUGCUUGAUGAGAUACCAAGAAACAAUUCACAACUGCCACUGCCGAUUGAAAAUGUACUAUCAAAUGCAAAUUUGAGCGUUUCUGGUGAACAAGAAUUGAAGGAUUUGGGGAUGGUUCAGGGUAUGAUUUCUGGAUCAACUUCCCCAGGUAUAUCAUCAACAGCAAUAUCAUUCUCAUAUGAUGCUUCGGGUACCCCUGGAUCAGUUAAUUUUGGCUUUGUUGAAGGGAAUCAUUCUCUAAUUGAAAUGCCAUAUGGACCAAAUGUCCCUGAUCCAAAGAGGAUACCCUCUUCAGUAUUUGCUAGGACGAAAUCCACUGCUAUGAUGGAAUGGAGUGUUGCCUCUAACGAAUCAUUGUUCAGUAUUCAAGUGGGUAAAUCUGGAGAUCUGAGCAGCUUGUACAAUACCCAAUUGGAUGGAUAUCCUCCGCUUUCUCCCCAUAUUAGCAGCACUUCUCCAUUAAAAGAUGCUGAAGCAGGACCUAGUUUACAACAAACAGUCGAUGCUGACACUGCAAAUGCUGAAGCCAUGGAAGAUGUUCUCAAGGCAACCACAGAGAAGCAUGCUGAAAAGGACAAACCUCUAACUGUUCAUCGCACUAGUAAUUCUGAUAGCGCAUCUCAGUUAUCUGAUGGGGGCAGUGUGAAGAGCUACCGUUCCUUUGCAUUUCCAAUAUUGACAGCCGAUAGCAGAAGUGGAUCUGUUAAUGGUGAAUUGGUGGAUCUUUCUCGUGAGGAAGGUCAGAUGCAACCACCUGUGCCUCAACCACCUCCUGAAAUGACCGAAGCACCAAGAGCAGAACCUGUUAAAGCACGAAAAUCACCGCUAUGUUGUUUUUCUUGCUGCUCAUCCUGUUGCUGAGUUAGUGAAUCAUAUUGUUUCUCCAUUCAGCUUCAACGUAUUUGUUUCGAUCCACUUGUUGACAGUAACCUCUAAAUCAGUAUAACUGAACUGUCACAGAUGACUUUGCUACAAGUAUUCUCUCAGUUUCUGUAUCUCAUUCAAGGUGAAAGGAUUACAGUGGAGUUGCAAUGACAAACCUUUUCUCCAAUGUCAAUGAAGCGAAAGGCUCGCAAUGCUUGUGUUGAUUUAGAAUCUUUCUUGUUUUUAGUACUGAAUCUUGCUGGUUGUGUUUUACGUGUUACUGAAUCUUGCAUAUGCAUUUUAGA